AUGGAAGUGUCUGUGAUAGAUACAAAACAGAAUUUGGUUAAUUAUUUGGUUAGUGAAGCCAAGAGGAGAAAUGAGUUAGUUGGUUCAGAGAAUUUAGAAAAAGCAAAAAUGGUGGAGUUGGGUACAGAUCAAAAGGUGUCUUUUGAUAAUAAAAGUAGAGCUAAUAUUGAACCUAAUUGGCAACAGAUGUCUGUAUUACAGGGCAUGUCCUUUGAACCAACAGCACAGAAUCCUGCUCCGCAAAAUCCUUGGGUAAAUAUGCAAAAGCGUCAACAAGCUUUUCAAAGUUUUCCUUCGUCUAUGCAUAGAAAUAUAAGUAUACCUAGUAGGUUUGGAGCUCCAAGAGAAGUG